CGGGCACAAAGUUCAUGUGGCGAAGAGCUACUCAUGUCUUGCGAGCCUCUGGCGUUCUGCUGGUGUGGUGCACAGGCUGCUCCAGCCAUACGUGGUUUGGCGUAUUGACAAGACCUUCAGCAGUCAGCCGGGGCGCUCACUGGCACCGAAGGAAUGCUCAAAGGGCACUUGAAUCUGAAUUCACAGUUGCACUGCCGAGGCAUCCAGCCAAUGCGAAAACAAACGAUUUGCUAGAGUCGGCAGAGAGAUUUGCAAAUCAGAUAUUGGCCAAUGAUACAUCAGCGCAAAACCAAACUUGGAGGUAUGAUGUCAGCAACGAAGAGCGUGUUUAUGCAAACACUUAUGUGAAUUUGGGAUCUGCCAAAGUGGUCGGCUUUGACUAUGACUACACCCUGGUCAGUUACAAACCAGCCAUUUUGCAUUUGAUUUACGACCUUGCCAAGGAGCAACUGGUUGGCGGAUUGGGGUACCCCUCGGAAUUAGUUGAUGAACUUCCGGGAUAUGACCCAAAAUUUGCAAUCAGGGGUCUGGCAGUGGAUUUGGACAAGGCAUGGAUUUGCAUGUUGACUUUGCGAUAUCGAGUCUCUAUUGCAUUUUACGGCCGUGAACGUGUGGAUCCCAAAGUUGUGGCCAGAACUUACAGGAGCGAAACAGGAUCUGGCAUUUUGCCACCCGAAGAGCGCAAAAAACGUCUGAAACCUUUAAAUGACUUGUUUAGCACAGCCGAAGCCUGCCUUUUGGCAGAUGUGGUGCAGUGGUUUCGUGACCGAGACAUUCCCUUUGAUACGCGUAGUGUGGUGACAGAUGUUCUUGCAGCCAUCACCCAAGCUCAUGUGUCUGGAAAGUUGCAUCGGACUGUUUCUGAAAAUUUGGAAAAUUAUAUCGAACCUGAUGGCCAACACUUACUACAAUUCCUUGAUCGUUUGCGCGCAGCUGGCAAGAAAUUGAUGCUGGUGUCCAAUUCACCUUUUUGGUUUGUGAACAAGGGCAUGGUUCAUGUGUGUGGUGAAGACUGGCGAAACCGUUUCGAUGUUGUUGUGGUGUCCGCAGGCAAACCCAGUUUCUACACAGGGAAUCGACCCUUCCGGGAGGUAUCCACAAACACAGGCCGCAUUAAAUUCAAACCCAUCACUGCGUUGAGUCCUGACGAAGUGUACUGCCAAGGAUCCAUGGCAGAGUUGCUUCACUUGAUGGGUUGGGAGUCCCACAAGGGCAGUGCUGAUUUCGAUGGCUCAAGCAUCAUCUACAUCGGGGAUUCCUUAUUUGCCGACUUGGUGGAUGCCCGUCGUUUGUAUGGAUGGACCACCGGUGCCAUCAUCCGAGAAGUGAGCCAUGAGAUCACGGUUCAGAAGAGUUUGAAAUGGCAGCGGGCCUGGAAAGUCUUGCAAGUGCUGACGCUAUGUGCCCGGGAAUGUCAGAAGACGUUCAUUGAUGAGAAACAUGUGGACAAUGGGGAGCAAAGAACAUCCUACUCCACGGCAGACACUGAGAUCUUGGACAAGUUGGAAGAUUUGGCGGCAGAUUGGAGGAGUCAUUUGGAUGGGCUUCUCAAUCCCAAUUUUGGGUCCAUUUUUCGCACGUCCAGGGACAACGGAAAGACUGCCCAACCUUCCUUAUUUGCACGAUGUAUGCAACGCCAUGUGGAUUUCUACACCUCAAAGGUCGAAAAUUUGCGACUCUACUCGACUGACCAUCGCUUCUAUCCAGCAGACUACUCAAUUGGAGUCCUUCACGAAGUGUUGCAUUUGACGGAUCCCGUUUCGGAGGCUUUGAGCCGAGAUCCGAGAUCCACCGAGGCCAAUUGAGGUAUGAAAUUUGCAGCAAAAUAGAACUAGUAGAGUGCAUGACUGUUUGACCUCUUUCUGUGUGCCAUUUGUUCAAAAAA